UAUCUCCCCCAUUACCAAAUUCUUCGCAACUCGAUUUUCAAAUUCACCAAAUCCCACGCACAAAGCACCUUCCGGUUGGCCUCGUCUUCGGUUUUAGUUAACUCUGCCAAAUGCCGAGUGACGCCUCGCGGCUCUCUCGGUGGACUCGCUCGCCUCGCCUCGCCGAGUCGAGGGAGUCGACUCGCAAGAGUGACUCGACUCACCCACUCACCCAGUGCUCGAGUGCUCGAGUGCCCGACACCAGUCCGCGAGAACGACUCGCACGUGCCGAGGGACCGCUCCGUCUAUCCUCGUCUUCGGGGACUAUCGUCCGAGAUUCCAGCACCCCAGGACUUCGAAAUCCCGACAUGAAGGACAUCCUGACCCAGGUGAGGGUUAACUUCCAGAAGGACGGCUACGUCGUCCUGGAAGGGUUUUUCAACGACCAGGAAGUCGAAGAGAUGAAGUCGAGCGGUGAGGAAUUCACGACGAAUCUCCCGCCGGAAAGCGAGAGAAAGAUUUUCACGACCGUCGAGACACCUCAGAGUCGGGACUCGUAUUUCCUGGAGAGCGCUCUUAAAGUCAGCUUCUUCUUCGAGAGCGAGGCCCUGGACGAAAACGGGAAGCUGAAGGUCCAUCCAAGAGUUUCCUUAAACAAGGUGGGACACGCUUUGCACUGGUUGCAUCCGACCUUUAAGAAAUUCACAUUCGACGAGAGGAUAAAGGAAACGACAUUUCAGUUGAAUCUUCAGGAACCUGCCGUGUGCCAAUCCAUGUAUAUCUAUAAGAAUCCUGGUAUAGGCUCCGAAGUUAAAAUGCACCAGGACUCGACAUACGUCCACACGGAACCCCCGAAUGUCGUGGGCUUUUGGAUAGCUCUAGACGAUGCUGUCCAGGAAAACGGAUGCUUAUGGAUAGCUCCAGGGUCUCACCAAAGCGGUGUACAUAGGCGUUACAUAAGGAACAAAGAUCCCGAGUCCAAAGAAUUAUUAAUAUACGACAAAGCCGCCCCUUGUUACCCCCUGAGCAACUUUCGCCCAGUUCCAGUGAACAAAGGAUCCUGCAUUAUAUUAAAUGGACAAGUGGUUCAUUUUUCAAAGGCAAAUCGCAGUGAAAAAUCCCGCCACGCUUAUACUUUUCACGUAAUUGAAACUAAACAUACAGCUUACUCUAAAGACAAUUGGUUGCAGCCUGGAGAACACGGAUUCCCCCUUCUAUAUAGGAACUGACGUCCUAGGAUUAUUUAUUUAUAAUAAUAAUUACUAUUUAACCCUAGAUUUAUCAAAUUCCAAUUGCGGGAAACGUUAUUUCUUAUUUUUUAUGCCAAUUUUUCUUUGGCUUUAUCAUUGGACUGAUACGGACAUACGUGCAAAGUUUAUAAAUUAAUAGUGUAUAAUUUCUAUUGUAGUCCCAUUGUGAAUAUUAAUGUUGAGAUAUUCAAGGAAGGAUGGCAGUUAAUUUUCAAAUUUUCGAAUUGCAGUAACCGUUAUUUCUCAUUUUGUAUGCCAAUUAUUCCUUGGUUUUAUCAUUGUACCGAUAUGGACAUACGUGCAAAGUUGAUAAAUUAAUAGUGUUUAAUUUGUAUUGUAAUUCCAUUGUGAAUAUUAAUGUUGAGAUAUUCAAGGAAGGAUGACAGUUAAUUUUCGAAUUUUCGAAUUGCAGUAACCGUUAUUUCUUUUUCCUCGCAAUUAUUCCUGGCUUUUAUCAUCAAACUGAUACGUCAUAUAGAAGGCGAGUAGUGGGUGUAAGAUAAAUAAAGAAUGCAAUUCCCUGUA